CAUUCACACGCACGCUCACACUUUUUAUUUGCCAUAAUGAACCGUCCAGCCCCUGUGGAGAUCUCCUAUGAAAACAUGCGUUUUCUGAUAACUCACAACCCUACCAAUGCUACUCUCAACAAGUUCACAGAGGAACUUAAGAAGUAUGGAGUGACAACUUUGGUUCGAGUUUGUGAUGCUACAUAUGAUAAAGCUCCAGUUGAAAAAGAAGGAAUCCACGUUCUAGAUUGGCCAUUUGAUGAUGGAGCUCCACCCCCUAAUCAGAUAGUAGAUGAUUGGCUAAAUCUGUUAAAAACGAAAUUUCGUGAAGAGCCAGGUUGCUGUGUUGCAGUGCAUUGUGUUGCAGGAUUGGGAAGGGCACCUGUGCUGGUUGCACUUGCUUUGAUUGAAUGUGGAAUGAAGUAUGAAGAUGCAGUUCAGUUUAUAAGACAAAAAAGAAGGGGAGCAUUCAAUUCCAAACAGCUGCUUUACUUGGAGAAAUACCGACCGAAGAUGCGAUUACGCUUCAGAGAUACCAAUGGGCAUUGCUGUGUUCAGUAGAAAGAAAUGUAACAAAAGCUGACUUGAUUGUGGCAUUUAGAGGGAACUCUUGGUACCUGGAAAUGUGAAUCUGGAAUUUUACCUGUGUCAUCGAAGUAGUGAUGGAUUCAGUACUCCUCAACCACUCUCCUAAUGAUUGGAAAAAAGCAAGCAAAAAAGAAAUCCCUCUAUAACACGAAUAAAAUGUUUAAGAAAAGA